UAAUCGAGUUCAUAAAAAGUUCACUACGGAUUACGAAUUACGACAUGUCGUUUCACCAUAGGAACGAUUCAGAUUCCCUGGCAUUCAAACUUAGCACAGCCCGGCAGCGAACGCUUCAUCUUCUUCGACCGAGAAAAAGGAUCGGCAGAGUUUUGAAAAGCAUCGCAAUCAAUGGGUAAGCGAAAGCGUCAACAACCGGUAAUAAUUAUUGACAUCGAUCACACGACUACAGGGCAUGGUAGCAGGAAUGAGUUAGAAGAAUCUGAGAAUGUUAAAAAUUUUCAGCUUGUAUCCCCCUCCAUGUCAGGCACCAGUCCUGUUCGUCGACGCAAGCGAACAAGGAAAGUUGGAUGCAACAGUGCAAUUCCUGUUCAAAAAAGGAAGCUCGACUCUGGAGCUUUUGAAUAUUGUUUUCAGAAUUUAUGGAGGAGCUCUCCAGAAGAGAAGAAGAUUCAUUUUACAUACCUUGACUGCUUAUGGUUUAGCUUGUACUUGAAAGCAUCCCACAGAAGAAAGGUCCUGAAAUGGAUCAAGGACAAACAAAUAUUUUCAAAGAAAUAUGUCUUUGUUCCUAUUGUUUGCUGGAGCCACUGGAGCCUCCUGAUAUUUUGCCACUUUGAUGAGAGACCGGAGUCAAAAACCAGAAAACCAUGCAUGUUAUUGCUUGAUUCACUUCAGGAGGCAAAUCCAAGGCGGUUUGAACCAGAGAUUAGAAAAUUUGUGUUGGACAUUUUCAAAGAAGAUGGAAAAUGCAAAAACUUGAAUGUUAUUUGUAAAAUUCCUCUCAUGGUGCCUAAGGUGCCACAACAGAAAAAUGGCGACGAAUGUGGCAAAUUUGUUUUGUACUUCAUUCAUUUGUUUAUGGAGGCUGCUCCAGCAAAGUUUCGCAUCAAGGACUACCCUUACUUUAUGAAAGAGAAUUGGUUUACAGCAGAUGGUGUGUGCCAAUUCUACAAGAAAUUCGGCCGUUCUGAUGAAGUUGUCUGUCUCUAAUUUGUGCUCGACGCGUGCAUGUUCAUCCUUGGCAGGGUCAUGUUCAUCUAAUCCAUAAGAAAUUGUAUAGCAAAGGUUGCUAAUUACUGACAUAGUUUAGUGUGUUUUUAAUUGGAGUUGUAUUGAAAUGAGCAGCAUUUGUAAUUGGCUCAUCUACUAAAUUUGGAUACAGUUUCAGGACUAGAGUAAUACCCGAUGAACUGAUUGGGUUUCCCAAUUCGCAUUUGAAUAUGUAUGUAAAUGCUUUGGCUCAUAUGAUAUUACUAUAAAAGAGCCACUUUCACCGUCAAA